AUGGACCUCGCUUGGCGGUACUCCGCGCAUACCGCUGCGCAGUUCCGCGCGCCAGAUCGCGGGCAGCUUGCGCUGGUCGACGGCCCGCGCACUCUGCGCGCCUCCCGCGGGUUGCGCGGAGCGUCUUCUUUCCGCGCACCUGCGGGAAAUCUCGCGAAGAGGAACGCUCGAGCGCGCACCAGCAGAUCUCCGACCUCGCGCACGCGCGCAGAAUCAGGGAGCGCAACGGAAAUGGCGGACGCGGAAGCGGCGGCGGAGGCGGAAACAAGCGACGCCGCGUGGCGGGAGGCGGCGCGGGUGGGCGAGGAGAUUAAAGCGUGCUACGAAGUGGUGGAGCGCAUGGGGCGCGGGUUCGUGUACCUGGGGUCGUCUCGCGUGGCGGAGGACCACCCCUUCUUCCGCCAGUCAAUGGCGCUCAGCCGCGAGAUAGCGGAGCAGUACAGCAGCACCACAUGGUCGGGCAUUGGGCCUGGCCUCAUGGAUGCCGUUGCCCUUGGCGCACAGGCUGUCAACAGGCCAGUGGCGGGCUUUAAGAUAGUAUCAGAGGCGCGCCAAGCCCAGGGUGCCUUUGUGCACCCCUGGCUCCCCGCUCACUCCUACGUCACCUGCCAGUCCGUGUUAGCGCGCAAGCAGGGCUUUCUCAUGGCGGGGAGUCGAGCCACAGAGGCACACGUGGCAGGCUUCAUUGCCCUGCCCGGCGGUGUGGGAACACUCGAUGAAAUUCUCGACUUCCUCGCUCUGCGGCAGCUGGGAGUAGGGGCAGGGGCACCAGGAGAAGGGUCUCUGGGUGUGGGCUCGAGUCAGGGUUUGUCGAGGAAGCGGUGCCAAGCACUCCCGGUGCCGUUCCUGCUGAUGGAUUACGAGGGUUGCUACCAGCCGUUGCUGGCUUGCAUGCAGGAGAUGCAACGCUGGGGAUUGGUGGAUGAAGGGGAGGUGGAGUCCCUUUGGCAUGUUUGCACGACUAAUGACGAGGCCUUGGACUUCCUCCGACGGUUUUAUUGUCGAUGA